GACUCUUCCAAAUAAAUGUUGAAAGAGUCCUUGUGACUCGGUGGGUUGAGCUAAGUGUUUGUAUGGAGAAAGGGUUAGAACUGGUUAGACGGCUGAUUUCUGACCAGAAGAUGUUUUAACCGCAGCUGAAGGGGAAGGGAGCAGGACAGGGAGGGUCGAGACACUGAAGACACUGCCGGAACCACAAGCAAGACAGCAUAGUAGGCAUCGCUGAUGCUCCACUCCGAUUGUUGGCACGUGCUUGCUUCUUUGACUGUCGCCUGUUUUGCAUCUUUCGUGACCUCAGACAUUUCCUGUUACAAUGAUGAUGGACAGCCUGUUGAUUGGUUCAUUAUUUACAAGUUACCCAAAAUUGUCAGUGGAUCUGGUUUAACAUACAUGUACAUGGACCCCUCAAAGAGUGGCUGGACAGCUGGAAAAUACCCAAUAAGUGACACCAAAGGGGCUGUGGGCGGGACUCUGCAGCAGCUGUACAAAGGAGCUAAAUCUCAGAGUGACAAUGUGGCCUACGUGCUGUACAAUGAUCAAAGCGGCAACCUCUCUAAUAGUCGUGUUGGCCAUACUAAAGGUGUUGUACUUUUGGAUCAGAAACAAGGCUUCUGGUUGGUUCACAGCACUCCACACUUUCCACCCAGAGCUAACAAAAAAUACUGGUGGCCAGAGAGUGGACUGAAAAAUGGACAAUCGUUCCUCUGCGUUACCUACCAGUUCUCCCGGUUCAAGGAUAUUGGUACGCAGUUGUUGUACAACAACCCUCACGUCUAUGAUCAUUCACUGCCACCUCCUUUUGACAAAGACCUUGUGAACCUCACAAAGGCAGCGACUGGUGAACUACUGGAGUCGCCCCCCUGGAGCAGAGAAAUCAUCCUACCAUCAGCAGCAGGAAAACGCUUCAUCAGCUUUGCAAAAUACAGUAAAUUUGGAGAUGAUUUAUACUCUGGCUGGGUGGCGGACUUCUUUCACAGUGACCUGUUGGUUGAGACAUGGCAAAACUCUGCGCACACUCUCCCGUCCAACUGUAGCAGGAGCUACGCGGUGUACAACGUGAAGACGAUUACAUUCCCCACAGACAUCAGCUUCAGCUGCCACGUGGAUCACUCAAAAUGGUGUGUGACAAGGCCGGGUGGAGACGUUAAGUGGACUUGCAUCGGUGAUAUCAAUCGAGAUGAGGCGCAGGAACACAGAGGAGGUGGAACUGUUUGCACUGAUGACCCAGUGGUCUGGCAUUCUUUCUUGAGUCUGGUUUCAUCCUGCCAGUCCUGCCCGUGUUGUGGCAGUGAGAAGGGAAGAAGCUGAGCUGAGGCUCAGGUGGUACUUUCAGGGUAAAUGUAUAGUGAUUAGCUUCCCCUUUGCCUUUGGGAAGUGGGGUUUAAGAGCCGCGUUUUAGAUCUUGUUUGUAUAUUAGUACCAGGAAAGCAUUUUGAAACCCGAUGGUGUGCCGGAAUCCCAGCCAGUCCGCUCCAACUCAUAUCCAGACUUUGCCAAGGUUGGCCUCAAACAGACAGAUAUCUGGAAAUUUUCUUUCCGAUCUGUCUUUCGGAUGAGAAUUCAAACUGAGGUCAAAUCUGCCCUCAUGCCACCUGACCCCAUGACCGCUAAUUUGAAGGAGAGCAAGGGAGUGUCCUGGUCAGUAUGUAUCCCUUAAUUGACAUCACUAAAACAGAUUAUAUAAUUGUUGAUGUUUCCUGGAGCUUGCUGUGUGCAAAUUGGCUACUGAGUUUCCUACAUUACAACAGCUUCAAAAGUGCUUCAUAGGCUGUAAAGCGCCUUCAGAUGCCUUAAGGUUAUGGAAGGCGCUAUAGAAAUGAACCACCUGACCCCAGUAAUUUUCCCUGGCUUUCAGGUGAAAAGCAGACACGGUGUUGAAAGGAUUGCACAGUUUCGUGUCAGUGAAGAGAGUUGGUGCUCCCAGGAAACAUGCCUGCUGCCAAUUGAGCUUCGAACUAAUGCUGAUCUUGCACCAAAUCGUAUUUUCCUGCAGUAAAGAUAUGACAUGGGGAAGUCCCCGUACCCCACACCCUCACCCCUGCACACAUACAGACCUAUAAACAUGAAAGCUCCGUGCUGUGAAUCUUUGAGUCAAUCAGCAGCAGGUAGUGAGGUGCCUCACUCUUGCUGUUGGUCCUUGCUUUGCAGUGUCGCUGAGAUUAAUGGUAGUUUCCAGCUGCAAUGUAAUGCUGAUUCAGGUCACUGAAUCCUCAGUAAAUUGUAACCUGGCGGCAUUGUGUAACGCAAUGAAUCCUGUUUAAAACCUCUCAUUUGAUCUGA